AUGGAGAAGGAGGCAUUACAUCUAAGACCGUUUUUAUCACGUUGUUUCUACGGUUAUCUUCAUAUCACUUGUUGCCUUCACUUUUCUUUGGAGGAGAACAAGAAAGAAAAAGCGAAUGAUGAGGUAGCGAGCAGUAGAAGGUCAAUAGAUUACAAGAAAGUCUCUGUAGCAUGGAGAAAUUGGAUUGAAGGUAAAGCUGCGAAUCUAAUAGACCCCAACUUGAGUGCUGGCUCCAAUAGAGAUAUGAUGAGAUGUAUUCACAUUGGGUUGCUUUGUGUUCAAGAAAAUGUAGCCAAUAGACCUACAAUGGCUUUAGUAGUUCACAUGCUCACUGGUGGCACCCUUUCCCUGCCAACACCAUCAAAACCUGCAUUUUUUAUGCACUCCAGCACAACGACAGAUAAUUUAGAAUCAUCGGCAUUGGAUCAAUCAAACAAUUUCCAGUUGUCGUUGAACACGGCUUCAAUUACUGAGCUUAGCCCUCGAUGA